GACUUAAAUAUAGAACCAAUCAAAUUGCAAGCUCAUGUUGUCCACGUGAUUCACGUGACCAAGCAUUUUUAGUCAUAUGACUUCACUUUGUAUUAACACAAGACGGUUCUGCUAGACUGCAAUACCGAAACUACAAGUUGAAGGAAUAUAACUGGUUGCUGCUGGCUACAUUGAUGGUGGGUGUUGUCUCUGCCCAGAAGCUUUUUUUCAAGUCCAACAAACUUAUACAGGAAGAAAUAGAGCAACAUUUACAGAAAGCACAGCCAGUAAAAGGAUUUGGUUUCGGUGAACCAAGACAUUAUUUCACAAGUCACAGGAAAAUUGAAGACCUUCCAUUGAAAGUAUCAGAUAAUGUAGUUGUUUGUCCAGAUAAAAAGACGGCCUGUCCGGAUGGAAACACAUGCUGUCAGACGAGCCCUCUUGGAUAUGGUUGUUGUCCACUACCAAUGGCAAGCUGUUGUCCAGACAAGAGGCAUUGCUGCCCAACACGUACAAGGUGUGAUCAGGUCAGACAAGCUUGUAUUAGUGGUGUUGUAGCUAUACCAUGGUACGAGAAAACAGCAGGGAUAACUCUAGAACAGCCUGUAAAAGACAAAACUCUAUUUAAAGUUGAAUCAGUUAUUUGCCCAGAUGGGGAGCACCAGUGUGAAGAUGGACAGACAUGUUGCAAGUCUGCAGAAGGAUAUUCGUGUUGUCCCUUACCUCAUGCUGUUUGCUGCUCAGAUGAAGUACAUUGUUGCCCAACAAACACCACAUGUGACGUGGCACAUGGUCGCUGUAACAAAGGGAUAACUGGUGAAUUUGUAGACUGGGUUGAGAAAGUACCAAAACAGAAAGUUAAAUCACAGUCCUUGAGUAGUAAACUAGAACCAGUCAACGCAGCAAGACUGUCUUUGAUUGGCUCGGUUAAUUGUGAUGAUAAACAUGUCUGUCCUACUGGUAACACUUGUUGUAAGAUGGUCAAUAACGAAUGGGGAUGUUGCCCUAAACCAGAGGCUGAAUGUUGUGAAGAUAAAUUACAUUGUUGUCCUAAAGGCAGUAAAUGUGAGCCUAGUUCAGGCAAUUGUGUAAAAGGACUAGAAAGGGUACCAUGGUUGCAGAAACAGCCAGCUAUUGUAUUAAAAGUUGUGAAAUGUGAUGAAAGCCACGAAUGCCCAACAAAAAACACAUGCUGUAAGCUGUCGUCUGGGCAGUGGGGAUGCUGUCCACUACCAGAGGCAGACUGUUGUAGUGAUGGUGUACAUUGUUGUCCUAGUGGAACAACUUGUGAUGUUUCUUCAGGAAAAUGUAACCAGGCUGGCAGUCAGAUAGACUGGUUUGUGAAACAACCUGCUAAAGAAGUAGGAAAUGUUCAGUGUGAUUCAACUCAUGAAUGUCCAUCUGAAAACACAUGUUGUAAGCUGGCAUCAGGCCAGUGGGGAUGUUGUCCACUGCCAAAUGCAGUGUGCUGCAGUGAUCAUGAACAUUGUUGUCCCAGCGGAACAACUUGUGAUCCGUCUUCAGGAAAAUGUGACCGUGGCAACAUUCAUCUAGACUGGUUUGUGAAACAACCUGCAAUACUAGUUGGAAAUGUUCAGUGUGAUUCAACUCAUGAAUGUCCAUCUGAAAACACAUGUUGUAAACUGUCAUCAGGCCAGUGGGGUUGUUGUCCAUUACCAAAUGCAGUGUGCUGUAGUGAUGGUGUACAUUGUUGUCCAAGUGGAACAACUUGUGAUGUUUCUUCAGGAAAAUGUAACCAGGCUGGCACUCAGAUAGACUGGUUUGUGAAACAACCUGCUAAAGAAGUAGGAAAUGUUCAGUGUGAUUCAACUCAUGAAUGUCCAACUGGUAACACAUGUUGUAAACUGUCAUCAGGCCAGUGGGGAUGUUGUCCAAUACCAAAUGCUGUAUGUUGUAGUGAUGGUGUACAUUGUUGUCCAAGUGGAACAACUUGUGAUGUUUCUUCAGGAAAAUGUAACCGUGGCAACAUUCAAGUAGACUGGUUUGUGAAACAACCUGCUAAAGAAGUAGGAAAUGUUCAGUGUGAUUCAACUCAUGAAUGUCCAUCUGGUAACACAUGUUGUAAACUGUCAUCAGGCCAGUGGGGAUGUUGUCCAAUACCAAAUGCUGUAUGUUGUAGUGAUGGUGUACAUUGUUGUCCAAGUGGAACAACUUGUGAUGUUUCUUCAGGAAAAUGUAACCGUGGCAACAUUCAAGUAGACUGGUUUAUGAAACAACCUGCAAUACUAGUUGGAAAUGUUCAGUGUGAUCCAACUCAUGAAUGUCCAUCUGGUAACACAUGUUGUAAACUGUCAUCAGGCCAGUGGGGAUGUUGUCCAAUACCAAAUGCUGUAUGUUGUAGUGAUGGUGUACAUUGUUGUCCAAGUGGAACAACUUGUGAUGUUUCUUCAGGAAAAUGUAACCGUGGCAACAUUCAAGUAGACUGGUUUAUGAAACAACCUGCUAAAGAAGUAGGAAAUGUUCAGUGUGAUUCAACUCAUGAAUGUCCAUCUGGUAACACAUGUUGUAAACUGUCAUCAGGCCAAUGGGGAUGUUGUCCAAUACCAAAUGCUGUAUGUUGUAGUGAUGGUGUACAUUGUUGUCCAAGUGGAACAACUUGUGAUGUUUCUUCAGGAAAAUGUAACCGUGGCAACAUUCAAGUAGACUGGUUUAUGAAACAACCUGCAAAGACAGUAGGAAAUGUUCAGUGUGAUUCAACUCAUGAAUGUCCAUCUGGUAACACAUGUUGUAAACUGUCAUCAGGCCAGUGGGGAUGUUGUCCAAUACCAAAUGCUGUAUGUUGUAGUGAUGGUGUACAUUGUUGUCCAAGUGGAACAACUUGUGAUGUUUCUUCAGGAAAAUGUAACCGUGGCAACAUUCAAGUAGACUGGUUUAUGAAACAACCUGCAAUACUAGUUGGAAAUGUUCAGUGUGAUCCAACUCAUGAAUGUCCAUCUGGUAACACAUGUUGUAAACUGUCAUCAGGCCAGUGGGGAUGUUGUCCAAUACCAAAUGCUGUAUGUUGUAGUGAUGGUGUACAUUGUUGUCCAAGUGGAACAACUUGUGAUGUUUCUUCAGGAAAAUGUAACCGUGGCAACAUUCAAGUAGACUGGUUUAUGAAACAACCUGCAAUACUAGUUGGAAAUGUUCAGUGUGAUUCAACUCAUGAAUGUCCAUCUGGUAACACAUGUUGUAAACUGUCAUCAGGCCAGUGGGGAUGUUGUCCAAUACCAAAUGCUGUAUGUUGUAGUGAUGGUGUACAUUGUUGUCCAAGUGGAACAACUUGUGAUGUUUCUUCAGGCAAAUGUAACCGUGGCAACAUUCAAGUAGACUGGUUUAUGAAACAACCUGCAAUACUAGUAGGAAAUGUUCAGUGUGAUCCAACUCAUGAAUGUCCAUCUGGUAACACAUGUUGUAAACUGUCAUCAGGCCAAUGGGGAUGUUGUCCAAUACCAAAUGCUGUAUGUUGUAGUGAUGGUGUACAUUGUUGUCCAAGUGGAACAACUUGUGAUGUUUCUUCAGGAAAAUGUAACCAGGCUGGCAGUCAGAUAGACUGGUUUGUGAAACAACCUGCUAAAGAAGUAGGAAAUGUUCGUUGUGAUUCAACUCAUGAAUGUCCAUCUGGUAACACAUGUUGUAAGCUGUCAUCAGGCCAGUGGGGAUGUUGUCCAUUACCAAAUGCAGUGUGUUGUAGUGAUGGUGUACACUGUUGUCCUAGUGGAACAACAUGUGAUGUUUCUUCAGGAAAAUGUAACCAGGCUGGCACUCAGAUAGACUGGUUUAUGAAACAACCUGCUAAAGAAAUAGGAAAUGUUCGUUGUGAUUCAGCUCAUGAAUGUCCAUCUGGUAACACAUGUUGUAAACUGUCAUCAGGCCAGUGGGGAUGUUGUCCAUUACCAAAUGCAGUGUGUUGUAGUGAUGGUGUACAUUGUUGUCCUAGUGGAACAACAUGUGAUGUUUCUUCAGGAAAAUGUAACCAGGCUGGCACUCAGAUAGACUGGUUUGUGAAACAACCUGCUAAAGAAGUAGGAAAUGUUCGUUGUGAUUCAGCUCAUGAAUGUCCAUCUGGUAACACAUGUUGUAAACUGUCAUCAGGCCAGUGGGGAUGUUGUCCAUUACCAAGUGCAGUUUGUUGCUCGGAUGGUGUACAUUGUUGUCCUAGUGGGACAACUUGUGAUGUUUCUUCAGGAAAAUGUAACCGUGAUGACAUCCAGCUAGACUGGUUUGUCAAGACUCCAGCAAUGGAGAAUAUUCAAGAUGUUAUUUGUCCUGAUGGGUCCGAAUGUCAAGAUGGUCAGACCUGUUGUGAAAUGAACAAUGGCGUUAAAUCCUAUGGAUGCUGUCCCCUACCAAAUAAAAAUAGUGUUACUAAAGCUAAUGAUAAAAAUCCAACUACUCUAGAACUAAAAAAUGGUGGCCAAUGCCCGGAUGAAAAAUAUUGCCCGGCUGAAAACACCUGCUGUAAAAAUAAAGUUGGCGGAUAUAUUUGUUGUCCAAUGAUUGAUGCUGUUUGUUGCAAUGAUGGACAACACUGCUGUCCUCAUAGUUACAGAUGUGACAUAGGUGCUGGCGCAUGCGUCAAAGGAAUUAUCAAGUUGCCAUGGAUACGGACAAAUAGACACCAUGACAACACUCAGGAUACAAAACAUAUUGAAAUUGUCAAAAACAUUGAAAAUACAGUACUGAAUAAAGAGACAAAUUUAGGAGUUAGUGAAAGUGAUAUAUUUUGUACAGAUGGAACAAAAUGUCCAGAUGGAUAUUCUUGUUGUGGGAAUGGAAAAGGUGGAUACAACUGCUGCCCUAUGCCAAAUGGGGUUUGUUGUGAUGAUCAUCAACAUUGCUGUCCACAUGGAUAUAUAUGUGACGAGGAACCAGGGAUAUGCCGUAUACCUGAAACUAACACAGCUUCAUCAAACUUCAUCAGAAAACUUGGCUCAAAAAGAGGUGCUCCUGUGUCAUAGGUUGAAGCUGAUUAAGCUACUAUCGCCAUUCCGUGUUGUACAUAAAUUUAACAAUGGAGAUUAACUCCACAAACUGAACACCUCAGUAAACUGACCACCUGAAAUAAUGGCAAAACUUCAUGAUAUGUUUCAUAGUUGUGUAAUAUAUUAAUUUUGUAAUUUAGUGGUUUAAAAGAGCUUAUUAUUUUCUCACUUUUGGGAGAACAUUGAAAAGACUAUUUAAAUUAUGGAUAAUGCAUAGUGUGUUCUGUUUUUCUUUCAUUUAUACCGACACUCAACAGAAUUUCUAAAUUAAGUCUUUCUAAGAAAAUAUUUAAGAUUUUUUGUACUGAUUUAGAAUUGUAGAGAACGCUUUAUUAAUCUUUGAAAAGAAAAUGUUAUUCAAUGGUCAUGUUUGACUGGAAGUUACUAUGGUUUACAUUUUUUUCCUGUUGAAUGUGUUGGUGAAAUAAAUGUCAUAAAGUGGAAGUCAGAGCUGUUAAUUUUAUUGGUGUUGUAUCCAAUUGCCAUAGAUAUAACUAAUUUUGUACAAUUGAAAGGGUUCCAACAUUUUGUGCAAUAGUAUUGUAUUGUUUUCAUACAAAAAAAAUUCUAAGAAUGUUUGAAAAUAGUAUAAGUGGACGUAAAAUUUUUUAAACUAGUAAAGAUAUCUUUCCUAAUGAUUAAAUUUAUAAUGUAAAUGUUUAGAAACUUUUUUGUGUUUCUGUGUCAGUCUCAUUAAAAUUUAAGCAUUUAUGAUUUUUAAGGGCAUUUGAAAAGAAAAAAAAUAUCCACAUGAUUGUCACAAUGUUUUGAUGCUACAUCAUUUUUUUCAUUUAAUACAUAUCAUGUAAUAUUGAUGUAUUUCUGCAAUAAAUUAAAGCUAUUCUUAUUUUUGUACUUCAAGUUUUAAUUAAGGCUUAAGUAGAUUAUGUAAAGUUUUAUAACAUACCGUUUAUUACGUAGAAGUAGUUCAAGAUUUAGACUUUCAAUGAAAAAAGAGAUUUUGAUUAUUGUCUUAAGAUAAGAUUAGAAUCGCCUCCGUGGUCGAGGGGUUAGAGUCGAUGACUUCUAAUCCAGUUACCUCUCUGGCGUGGGUUCGAUCCCCGGGAGAUGCUUUGGUAGUUUAGCACGGAGGAAGGUAGUCUAGUACUGAUGUAACUCUCCAGGAACGAUGGUUAGGAAACUACCCGCCUAUAUGACUGAAAUACUGUUGGGAAAAGGCGUAAAAUGAAACAAACAAACAAAAAAACUUACAAUGGUUAUUUAUUAUUCACUUAUAUUGUUAGAUUCACUGCUUUUGUUUUAUAAAAUGAAACACGUAAUGUUUGAUGUAUUAAUGACAUAAAGCCUGAAGUAAAUAACUAAGGCACUGAAACUAGACAUCAUAAGGUGUCAGUGAACUAUAGUUAAAUAUAUCACAGAAUUGAAUCCAUAUCAUUAUGUAUGACAUAUUCUUUGUUUAAUCUUGGUAAAUAACACCUUAACUUGCUGAAAUCAAACGGUGAUCAGCCUUUGCCACCAGUAUAGCGUCAGGUGAGCCUGCACAUCCGUGUUAGCAGACCAGGCUCUAUACCGUUGGCAGCUCAAGUUUUGUAAUUACAAUAUGGACUUACCAAAUUUCAACUUACAAUGGACUGUUCCAAAUUAAUUUUUAAAUGGACUGUUCUAAAUUUAACUUUGAAUGGACUGUACCAAAUUUAACUUUGAAUGGACUGGUCAAAAUUAAACUUUUUGGAAUGUUCCAAAUUUCAACUUUGAAUGGACUGUUCCAAAUUAAACUUUAAAUGGACUGUUCCAAAAAAAACUUUAAAUGAACUGUUCUAAAUUUAACUUUGAAUGGACUGUUUUAUAUUCAGCUUUGUAGGACUGCUUAAAAUUUCAACUUUAAAAAGAUUGUUCCGAAUACAAAGUGUUUCAAAUCCAUUACACACACAUUUCAUUUAGCAAUUAGUAUAUUGAAUUUAGUAAGUUAAAGGUUUUUUUUAAAUAUGUGAGAUGAUUUUAUAUAGUCUUUGAAUGUAUGAAUAGCAACUUUUUUGAACGAUCACCCUUUUACAUAUAUUUAGGUUGAUAAAAACUACAUAUUUGUAGGAUAAAUUUGAGAUUAAUGAUAUAUAGGUUGUUUGUUUAUAUUAAUAUGUUUUAUUAUCACAAAAUUUUGAUAUAAUGGGUUAAAAAUGUAUAAUUAAGACUAAUCAUAAUCAGAAAUAACACAAACACAUUUAGCUUUAAGUUUUGAUUAGAUAUAAUAUACAACAACAAGAUCAGGUGUUAUCAUGUAAUACAGGUAUUUGUAUGAUGUUUAUUGUGUUACUAGAUUUUUUUUAAUUAUUUUACAAGCAUAUAGCACAACAAAUGUUUUUUCGUCAGGUUGUAUGUUGAUAUGAUGUUAUUUUUUUAUAUUUUGAUACAGAUUAACAUCAAACAUUGAUGUUUAGUCAUCAAGCUACCUCCUCAAAUAUUGGAGUAGUGUAUAAAAACUUGACUAACAUUUUCCUCAAAUAUUGGAGUAGUGUAUAAAAUUUUGACUAACAUUUUCCUCAAAUAUUGGAGUAGUGUAUAAAAAUUUGACUAACAUUUUCCUCAAAUAUUGGAGUAGUGUAUAAAAACUUGACUAACAUUUUCCUCAAAUAUUGGAGUAGUGUAUAAACAUUUGACUCACAUUUUCCUCAAUUAUUGGAGUAGUAUAUAAGAAUUUGACUAACAUUUUCCUCAAAUAUUGGAGUAAUGUAUUAUAAUUUGACUAACAAUUUUCUCAAAUAUUGGCGUAAUGUAUAAUAAUUUGACUAACAUUUUCCUCAAAUAUUGGAGAAGUAUAUAAACAUUUGACACACAUUUUCCUCAAUUAUUGGAGUAGUAUAUAAGAAUUUGACUAACAUUUGGCCACCUUAGUGCAGUUACGGGCUAACUUUUGUCAAAUUUAAUAUAGGAGUAAGCAAAUAUUUGCAAUAUGGUGACGAUUUAGAUAUUAGAUUAAUGCUAACUAAUGGAUUUCACUUUGGACUUAUAUUUGGACUACUGUUAAGAGAUUUGACUUAUAUUGAGACAUUGAACUUAUUUUUAGACACUUUAGAAAUCCAAAAAAAUGUUAAGGUUACAUAAUUGAUAUUGUUUGUUGAUUCUUUAUUGAAAUAGUCUCAAUACCAAAUAGCUAUUUGGAUGAAAUAUUUUGAAGCUCAUACAUGUAAAUGCCUAAUAAAAUCAAAACUGCUAGAUUUAAUUCUAAUACAUGUACAUUUCUGUAUAAACGAGUAUUAUGUUUGUUCAUAUUUAUUUUAAGGUUUUCGUGCUUGCUUAAACUGUGAGUUUAUUAGUUAUAACUUGUAAACAUCAAAACUGUUAUUUUACGUUGUAUUAACAUUUCAUCAUAGAUAUUUUGUAAUUAUUCAGUACACAUUUAGAAGAAGAAAAGCUAUAAACAUAAUUUGAGAGUUUAUAUAACCAAAUAUACAAUUAUUGUAACUUGACCUUGAGGUUAUAAAACUUUUUGUGAGUUCUGUCUCAAAUCUCAGGAUUUUCAUUGGUCAUUUAACAUUGUAUGGUAGUUUCUGACCAAUCAAAUACCUGAGAUCUGAGUUUGAGCAUAGAGGAUUUCUUUAUAACCCCAGACCCUGAACUGUUCGCGGGGAUAAUAUAACCGCAACCAUUUGUACACAGUCAUAUAACUUGUCAAAAUUCUUAAAGUUUUCUUCAUAGAAUUUGUUUUAUAAAUUUGAUACAGCUAUGUAAACUUAAGGUAGUCAUGCUGUAAUACUAUCUCGCCAAGCCAAAAAAAUCUAACAUCGACCAAUAUCGUAGCAAAUCGGUUAUUUCCGGAACGUAAUUUUUUCAAAAUUUAUUUACAAUCGCCCAUCCUUUAUCGUUAUGUACUAGAUUACGGUUAUUAACGGUUUAAAAUCAUUGACUACCAAAGAUUGUGUAAAAGAACGUUCUGGAAAUGACCGAUUUAUUUUACGAUAUUGGCCAAUGUUAAGAUUUUUUUUUGGCGGGAAAUCAUUGCAGUAAGACUACUUUAAGAUAAUAUAAAUAGUUCAGUUGUCAAAACAACAACAGUACAAAUAUGCAGUUUUUUUUUUUUUGGGGGGGGGGGGGAACAUGCUUCAAAGUCUAAUGUAAAUAAAUACUUAUAAACUAAUGUGCUUAGUAUAUGCUUAGCAGUGCUUGUUUUGUGAUCCACCUAAAAUAGUCCCUGCUUUGUUUAAGUUAAAUUUAGCUUUGUACAAUAGAUAGAAUAAACAACUGUAAAUUUAGCAAUGGCUUAUUAUUGUUUUAUAUGGUUUUUGAGUGUAAGGUUCUUGCAAUAAAUUACAACGACUGCUUACACAUGCACAUGUGCUCGAAUUUUGCCUAAAAACACACACACAGGCACACACGCAAGCAUACACGCUAAAAUACACGCACACGUAAGCAUAAACGCGCGCAUACACGCACGCACACGUACACACAUGAACCUACAGGAACUCGUUACAUUAUAAAUUCUGUGAUAUAGGCUUACAUAUCCUGUAGGGUUACACAUUUUUAAUGUAUGUUACCUACCUAAGAACAGUGAUUUCCUAAUUGUAUGCUUCCUAAAACUUGAAAAUAUUGCAGUAAUCUAGGUUCAAGUUUCAAUAUCUUACGUACAGAUAACGCAUCCUAUACACAGGUUGAUUUUAUGAUUAACUUUAAGUUGGUACCAUAUUUUUGAACCCUAUUAAAUUGCUUGUCACCACUUGUUAAGGUUGAUAAGACCUUCCAUUUAAAAGGGUAUACACAUGUGAAUACUACAAGUACAUGACAAUCAUUUUCUUAUCUUUGGUAUAAGUGUAAAGAAUUAUAAGAUUUACCUACCUUUCUGAAGGAAAUAAAGAAAUACAUUUUUAAAUAACUUUGGUAUAAGCAUUCAGUAGAUAAUAUAUUUUAAUUUCUUAUAUUUGGUAUGCCAGCGGGAUGAAAGGCAAAUUUUUCAAGUUAAAUUUUUUCCAGUGCUGGGAGAACUGCAAGUGGUUUAUAUGAAACAAAAUUUGGAGUUAAUAUAUUUAUUAAAGUAAGACAGAGAAGAAAAUUCAAUUUUCUUGCUUUUGGUAUUAGUGUAGAAAAUGUCAGUUUCUUAAAUUUGGAAAUUGAACAAAUAAUAUCACUUUUAUCUUCGGUAUAAGGUUAGAGAAAAAAAAAUAUUUUGAAUAAAAAUACUGUCAAACUUAUUUCAUUUGUAUAUGGACAACCAAAUAGUUCACAUAUUUUUCUUUCCAAAUGUAUGCUUACGCUAACAUUUGUUAAGCAGAAGCUGCUUUAAAUGAAGUGACAAGUUCUUUUAACAUGAUCCCGGUUUGAAAGUUACAUAGUGCACAGGUUCAAUUUUUUAAGGAACGUUUUUCUCUUGUGUAAUUGGUGGAUUCCAUGUAUGCCUACAUGCCAUUUCGUAAAGAUGUCAUAUUUGAUUCAUAUUUGAGGUAUAUUGAUAUAUUUAUAUUAAUAAAUGUAUGAAUUUAUAAA